AUGCAUGUUGCCAUCUCUAUCCGAAGACGAAAUACAGAAUUCAAUCUUCACGCUGCGAAACAAUAUCGUGGCUGUGGAGUCGGCUUCGAAACUAAGUCGAGCGGAGGCCUGGUGGAGACGGGGACAAAUGUUUCACAUGAAGUCAAGGCAGACGGGCUACAAGACCUGGUGGUCACAACAGAAUACAACCUUGUUCAGUUCUCGCCUGCAAGGCGUACUCUGCAGACAUUCCUGCUCAUCCAUCCGUGCAAUCGGCAUGAUCUCGAGGACUUUACAGAUGAGUCGCAGAGCGUAGAUGAUUGGUCUGCUGAGCCUGGAGAUGAUGAGCUGGUUACCAAAGGGUUGAGGUUGCUCGUUCGCCUUGCUCAUCCUUUUGGCGCACUUUUGCUAGCGCAACAGCGUGGUUGGGAGUAUAAGAGAAUUGCUUCGGAUAACAAUAUCAUCGCACAAGUGAGGGACAUGACUUCUGUUGUUGAUGACAUGAUGAAUGUCAGGAUGCUGGAGAUAUUGUAGCUGCGAAGCACGGGUCAUCAACAUUUCGACAUGAAUAGCAUCUGCAUCGUAUCAAUCUCGAUAUCGUAUUAUAUAUUGUCUCGUAUACAAACAAGCUGAUCCCAGAGUUAGACGUUAGGGAAGGAGAGAAAGCUCCGGUGCAAGCGCUUCCUGGAACUGUACAUUCAUUCGGUCUUCCUAGCGCGCAAAUUUGAAGUGCGACGUUGAUGUCAAAACUCGGCAGUUUGCCAACAGUCCACGAGGUCUGAAUGGGUGCGAGACCGUGCUGAGAUACUGCAAGGGAAGAUCGCAGGACAGCUGAAGUAACGAAGCUGUUAGUGACAAGAGGGUAGAACGACACGAGGGAGUCAAGUACCGAACCACUCCCGUGGUGAACGUGGGAGUAAAGCUGAUCAAUUUGCCCUGGUCAUCUUUGGCAGAAGAAAUAUCCAAUGUGGCCAACAUAGUCACAAUGGCAGACCACACAGAGGCAUCAGCGGUAUAC